AUUUUUAAACAGGCAGAAGAAGAGACAACCUGGGGUCCUUCGCGGCCAGAGCAACUACGAGGAGGUCACAAUGGUUCAGAAAAUAUUAAAUAAAAUCAUCGGAGCCAAGUACAUAGGUAUUGCGAGGACGUGGGUCCCAAACAUGGUUGCCUGGGGAACAGUGGGCGGCGUGGCACUCAUUCACUUCACAGAUUGGCGAUUAGUGCUAGACUAUGUGCCAUACAUUAGAGGGAAGUUCAAGACGGACGAGUAAACUCUAACAUGACCACAACGUUGGGAUGGGCACUCGGGUGGAUUGCUUUCACACCUUGAGCUUUUGAGGGAUGCCCUGUCUCAACAGUCAGUCACUGAGGGCUUGUUAGGAGUUUGGACUUCAAGAUGCACUCUCUUUAUAAACUCUGUUUUUGAUUCUGUGUUAUUAAAUGUGAAUAAAUGUAAUUUACUCCCA